GACCGGGAUGCGGAAGCUCUCCGCAGGAAGGGGGGGGCUGCUUCCGGCGUCGGCCGGGCUGGGGCGCGGGGGCAGUGCCGGCCGCACCGAGCGCUGAGGCCGGGCUCGUAUCCCGCUAUGCGAGAGACUCUGAGGCCCGCAGCUCUGAAACUUUGGAGACGGAACACAGAGGUUUUUGGGGAGUGGGGGAGAGUUGUCAAGAAUGUGAGUUGGAAAACAGAUCAGAAUGCACAACACUAAAUUUGUAAUGAAAUGGAGUCUGGGUCAAGCUCUUUUCGAGUGGAAUUUCCAGAUUUUUCUAGCACCAUUUUGCAGAAGUUAAACCAGCAGCGCCAGCAAGGACAAUUAUGUGAUGUGUCCAUUGUAGUUCAGGGCCACCUCUUCAGAGCCCAUAAAGCUGUUCUUGCAGCUAGUUCACCUUACUUCUGUGAUCAGGUUCUCCUAAAAAACAGCAGGCGAAUAGUCCUGCCUGAUGUGAUGAAUCCAAGAGUGUUUGAAAACAUUCUUCUGUCUACCUAUACAGGUCGGCUGGUAAUGCCCGCUCCAGAAAUUGUUAGUUAUUUGACAGCAGCAAGUUUCCUUCAGAUGUGGCAUGUAGUGGAUAAAUGCACUGAAGUGCUAGAGGGCAACCCAACAGUUCUGUGUCAGAAGAUGAAUCAUGGCAGUGAUCAUCAGUCCCCGAGCAGUAGUAGUUACAAUGGCCUUGUUGAAACCUUUGAACUUGGCUCUGGAGGACAGACGGAAUUCCACAAAGUGCAGGAACUAAGGGAUGGCGAAAAUGAAGAAGAGAGCUCUAAAGAUGAGCUAUCAUGUCAACUGACUGAACAUGAGUACCUUCCCAGUAAUUCUUCAACAGAACAUGAUAGACUUAGCACUGGAAUGACAAGUCAGGAUGGCGAAGAAGGAACUAGUGAUAGUGCAGAGUAUCAGUAUACCAGACCUAUGUAUAGCAAACCCAGCAUCAUGUCUCACAAGCGGUGGAUCCAUGUGAAACCAGAAAGAUUUGAACAAGACUGUGAAGGUGUGGAUAAUCCUUAUGAUGAACACCAAGUUUCUGAAUCCAUGAAUGCCAUUCAGGCGGAUCAUUCAAUCCAGUCUUCAGGUGUUGAAGACUUUCAUAUAGGUGACAAAAAGAUGGAAGCAGAAUUUGAUGAACAGGCAGAUGAAAGUAAUUAUGAUGAACAAGUUGACUUCUAUGGCUCUUCUAUGGAAGAAUUUUCUGGUGAAAGGGCAGAUGGAAAUUUAAGUGCCCACAGACAGGAUCUUAUGAUUGCAGCAGGUUAUGGUGAAGGCAUUGAAAUGGCUACAGGAAUUAAAGAAGAAACAUCCCUCACUGGAUUCUCACAUGCUGAUAAGCUGUAUCCUUGUCAGUGUGGAAAAAGCUUUACACACAAAAGUCAGAGAGAUCGGCAUAUGAGUAUGCACCUUGGUCUUCGACCUUAUGGCUGUGGUGUCUGUGGUAAGAAAUUCAAAAUGAAACACCAUCUUGUAGGCCAUAUGAAAAUUCAUACAGGCAUAAAACCAUACGAGUGUAACAUCUGUGGGAAAAGAUUUAUGUGGCGGGACAGUUUUCAUCGGCAUGUGACCUCUUGUACCAAGUCAUAUCAAGCUUCUAAAGCUGAGCAGAGUACUACUGAGAUGAACUAAGACAUUAGUGCUUACAUUUGUUUAGUAGAGUAAGCAAAAUAAACUAAUUAUGCAAAUAAUGUCUGGUACUUGCUAUUGUAAAUUCUCAAAAAACCAAGUUCUAAUGAUUAUGCUGGUAUAAGCAGACCAAACUUUUAUUUUCCACAGUAUUACUCCAGGUGUUCAAUGUGUGAAGUGCAAAUGGUUAAUCUGAAAGGUGCUUGCAAAAUGAGGUCUGUAAGGUCUUUGUGACAUUGAUUGUAAUCACAACAGUAUUUAGAAGCCCUGUUGUUUUUCUAAGUCUUCUAAACUCACAGUAAAACCCAGUUCUAAAUUGACCCAAAUCCUUCAAAUACUUAGAUGAAGCAGGAAUUCAAGUAGCCCUACUUAGUGGAAAAGAGAACUAGGAUGACUAAACCAGGUUAUAUGAUUCAUGUUUUAAUGAAAAAAAAUUAGAAUUCCACCUCAAACUGGAGACUGCCAACAUACUUAACGUGCAUCAUUAGAUAGUGUAUAUCAUUAAACAGCCUUUGCUGUAUUGCUUAAUGAAAGGCUGUGUUAAAGAUGGUUUGGCUUUCCUUUAUCUGUCUUCCAUUUUUUUUAUCCAUCUUUAGUAAAACAAAUGUCUAAUUUUGUGCUGAUUUCUAUUUAGAAUCUGUAAAGCACUUAAAUAUAGUUGAGCACUAUAUAAACUUUGAUCUGUAUUAAGUAUAAUUUGUCUUUGCUCCUCUAGGGUCUAAUGCUGUAUGACUCUUGGCUUGACUUGAUUUUGAUUGCUACAUCGUGAGAGCUUCUAGAAGUGUGUGUAAUAAGUAUGGCUUGUCAAAAAAAAGAAAUAAGAUGUAACAUUUGGAACUUACCCAAACCAAUCAAACAUUUAAACUGUAGUUUUCUGUUCAGAUUUUUGUGGCUUACUACAGUAGCAAGUACCAAACUCUGUGGAUUCACGAAUUUACUUUUUAUUGGUACAAAAACUUCUUUGAGAACUUCUAUAUAGUUUUAGAAACCUGUUUUAGGAAAAUUAUUUAGUCAUUGAUAGGUAUUUAUACUUUUAAUUCUUUACUCUCUGAAUAGUAAGAACUAUAAUACAGAUUCUUGGUACUGAACUACUGUGACUAGUUACAUGUGAUCACAAGCAGCCAGAGUUGUUUACCUCUUCAAACAAAGUUGCUUGUGGGAAAAAAAGUAGAAAGUACGGUAUUUGGAUCUGUUAAUGGUACUGCAGAACAUGGUACCAUGUUCACGUCCGAAGUCUGGAUUUUUGCUGGGAAAGUGGCACUUCUGCUUCUUUAGGGUGAGGAUCUAUAUGCUGGGCUCUCAUUCUUGGAGAUAGAUGGAGGAGUGUUUGUAGUUCUGAGAGAUGCUGCCAGCUCUGCAGGUAGAGUGAAUGCAUCAAUUGUAAAGGUGGCAACAGGAUUUUGGGGUUGAAAGCUUAAUGCAGUCUGAUGCAAAAGCAAUUAACCCUUCUUUGUAGUUUACUGAAACAUAUUAUAAAAAAGGAAGGAGCCUUUAGAGCAUACAAAGACUAACAGAAAGGGGUGAUGUCCAAGUACAGUGCUGGUAACAUGGGGAAAAAAGUUAACCAGCAUCGAAGGCCUAAGCCUCUCUGGCCCCAGUUUAUGUUUUAGAUACUGCAAUAUGCAGGAUAAUGUACUUAAACAGAUGACCCUGUAUGGUGACAUUACAAGGAAAAACACACAAAGAUAAUUACUACUAAGAUGCUUUUUUGAACUCCCUGUUACAAAUUGUCUUAAGAUACAGCCGAACUGUAUCCUGAACAUGAAUGUCUGGUACAAGCGGGGGGUUUACUACUCAGUGGGCUGUAAUUACUGUAACUUCUUUUCUGGCAUUCUACUUACAAACUUUAAUUUUUUUAAGAGGCUCUUAAUUCUUAAUCUUCUAAUGCUUCAGAUAUUUUUCAUAUGGAAUUUUGUUAAAACAGAUAUUCCCAAAUAUGAUGAACCCAUUGCUGGCAAUGGGCAUGAAUGGUCAGCACCACAGAGUUCCUAUUCUUAGCACUUAAUUGAACUCUACAAUAUAGCAUGGUGGCCAUAUAUAACCCUUGUAAUCAAGGUAACUAAACAGGGAUUUGCUCACUAACACUGUAACCUGCUUAAUGUAUAGAAGCACUUUGUAUUUAAAAAAAAAAAAACAAACCGUAAAACUUUAUAAGUAUGUUUUUUAAACUUAGAAAUUAUAUUCCCUUUAUGGUUUGUUUCCACACUGCUAACACUGUCUUUUUUAAUAUUAAAAAAAAAAAAAUAUUAUAAUGCUUGCCUGUUUACAUGAGUGUAGAGGAAAGGGUUCUUGCACUCAGUGGCCCUAUUUUUCCAUUCUCCAAGGCCUUACUACAUACAGGGUGUCAUUUCUGCAAGUACCAUCAUCACAUUUGAGGGAAGGUAUUCUCAUACUCAUUUCAAAGAUGAUCUUGUAUAUUACAUUAGUUCUCAACCCCUUUCAAAUUGUCACUUCGGUGUUGCAUAAAAAGGUUAAGGCUGCCUCUUCCCAUUUAACCAUAAGAAAGGCUGGUCAGAAACACCAGGCUGAAAACCAUGGUCAAGCAAAAAAUUAUUUGUUAAACCCAGACCAUCCUACAGAGCUGCCAGCAAAACUGUUUCUUUUACCAGCUUGGAAUGACUUUUAUAUGGGACAUUUCAAAGUUAAACAUUACUCAUAUUUGCAGUUAGAUUACUUUGAAAUAAAGCUUUAAAAUAAAAUGUACUGCGAGAGACACUUUAAAGGUUUUAUAACAGGUCCAGUAGAUCAUAUUAUAGAACCAUGUCCUUUUUUAAUGACUUAGCAUGAAUAGUAACUUUUUAAUAUUUGCCUAUUACUGUUUUACCCCAUAUUAUGACAUUGUCUUGAAAGUCCAACAAAAGUUGCUCCACUGAUUUUGUAGUGCUUGGCGUUCUGAUGUUAAUUUACAUGAAACCAAUUGAUUGCAGGAAAAUACUGAUAUGAUUGUCAUGAGAUCUAGUUGAGAGAAUUGAUGAUUUAAGGGAAGCUUGAGAUACAUGUCUAAAAUCCUUACUUUUGCUUAUUGCAGGCAAAACAGUUGACUUGUGGUGUUUUUCCUCAAUUUAAUUUAUUGCCCUUUGACAAACUGCUAAUCGCCGAUUCAGGUAUUGGGGGGGAAAAAAGGUAACAAAAAAUUACUUAAACACUUAAGGAAACAUCUUUCCUCCCCCUUCCUCAGGCUCAACUUAAGCCUAACACCUUUCCUCCCUGCUUCUGUUUUCCUUGUUUUCACCGAGAGUUGCACUCAGCCUAUGCCAAUUCUUUUAGUGAGGUGACAGAUCACACAGGAGUUUGGGCUCAUAAUGCAUACUGGCUUGUCUGAUGCUCUUCAUUUCUUAGUGGGUGUCCUCUGCUGCUCUGGGCUGGUCAGUGUCACUGUUCGUGGUGAUGCUGGGCCAUAGUCCCUUCAGGGAUGUGCCUGUUCCAGCUUGUGUCUCCUAUGGGCCUCGGUUACUUCAGAGGUGUACCUGCUCUGGCAUGGCUUAGCUAUAGGCCAAAGUCCCCUCAGAAGUGAAUCCUCUCAGGCACGUAGUGAGUCCUUCUCUGGGUAUGUCUCUAUACGUGUCCUCAGUGUCUUCUCCAUGUGUUGUCCCAAGAGCAGCUCUUCAGUUUCUCUGCAUGUGUUUCCAAAUGUGUUUCCCCAGGAGUAUCUUCUCCUUAUGUGUCUCCGUGUACCUCUUGCUAGCAGCUGCCACUCUUUCUUAGAGUAUGUUUAAGCAGAGGCACUGUGUGAACCUCUGGUUGAAGUUUUGGCAUGCAGUGGAUUGUUUACAUCCACUUCAGUGCAGGCUAGAACCUCUUUUGACUAGCACAGGUUGCAGUUCGCAACCUCUUGCCACAUGUCACCCUUGCAGCCCCCUGCUACUGAAACCCUGCAAUUUAUGGCCAAUACAGAUGUACAUAGUAAAUCAAGAUAUGCAGAUGCAGCUUCUGUCAGGCUCUUAAUCUUGGCUAAUGAAGUGGUCUUGUUCAAGAUACAAGAAAUUAUUUCUUGUUUGUGGGGAGGAGGGAAGCGAUCCUUAUAUAUAUAUAAUAUGAAUGCAUAUGUGUAUGAUGAAUUUCAUUAAUCUUCCCUUAAGCUUCAUCACUUUUAAUGAUAUGGCCUAGAAACAUCUGUGCAUUUUUAUAUUGCUCGCUGUUGGCUGUAGUAAAGUGAAUGUCUUCUGAAAAACAGAAUUAUUGUACACACAGGAAGCUUUCAGAAUUUCCUGCUACUGUGAAGCCAUUCAUUGUCCAAUCAGUGGUAAGAACACUUAAUGAUACUACAGCUAAGUUUCUUUUAAUUCCAUUUUGUACCUAAGAUGUUAAUUACCAUGGAAUCUGUGUAACUACCAUUCUGAAAAAUUCAACUAUUAGCAGGGUUAUAUGUCUGCUUAGGUGUGUAUCUGACCCUCUUGAGGGAGAAGGUUCCUGUUUCACACACCACUGUUGGGGUUUUUUGUUGUUUUGUUUUUUAAACAUUACCUUAUUUGUUUUAUGGGUGAGCAGGUAGACUCUAGAAGGUACUGUCAGUACAAUUUUUGGUCUUAGCUUUUUUUCAUCUGAGGCGUUUCUGGGGUUGAGUAACUUUGUCCUGUAUCAAAAGCAAGGCAGAUGAUCAAAGGCUGAUGUACUGGGUUUCUCAUUAUAAAAAGAAUAUUUGAUGUCCCUGUGUUACUGAGGCAGAAAGAAGGGAGACACGUCAGGUCUUGUAAUCCCAACACUUUUGCGUUGGUGCCAGAAAGGUGACCUGUCUCUGAAUUAUGAGAGCCUACAGCAGUGUAUUGAGUAUUUUGCUUUAACAGAAUUAGAACCUUUCUCAAAACAACAAAGGAAAGUUGUUGGGGUUUUUUUUUAUCAUUUAAAUGCUUCAUUGGAUAGCUAGGCUUGUUUAGCUAUAAGCUGUAAACUGUCAGUGCCCUAGGGGAAGAUGCUGGAAAACAAAAUGGUAUAUUUUUAAUGUGAUUAAAUUGUAAGUUCCAAUUUUUGCUUGAAGCCUGUGUCUGUUGAUUGCUGCUCCUUUUUUUUAUUAUUCAUGGGAUUCCAUAUUUCUUCCAGAAAUGUAACUGUUUAUGCAAGUCAAGUGAAUCUUCCUUAAUGAGCUAUAAGUUUUUAUUCUAAACAAGUCAUUUAUAGUAAAUUUGCAUAUCUUGAUAUUUUGUGAGAUGUUAUGCCUGUAUUGCAGAGGUUGGAUAGUUUUGUCUAUAAAUAUUGCUGUCCUAAUUGUACAGCAUGGUUUUAAUUUAAUGUUACUGUUCAAUAUUUUCUUCUUAUAGAAGAGUCCCAUGCCCCUUUUUUGUAUAACAUGUUUUAAUAAAUGUUAUCUGUCAACUUUGUAAAUGUUUUCUUAAGCUUGAAUGAAAGGAAUGCAUGUCUAGUACUAGUAUUUAAUAUUUCACUUUUGCCAAAACGAUAAGUGCUCAAACAAGUACAAAUCCAAAAGUUGUUGAUAUAUAACUUUAUUAAAUAUAUAAAGAAAAAGUG